AUGAGGAAGACGAGGAAGAGGACGAAGGCGAUGAUGGUGGGAGAGAUGGCGCACGGACAGCUGGAGCUCGAGCAUCAAGGGAUUCGCAAGAAGGCAGAGCGGGCUCUUCCACUCGUGCUCCAAGGGGAGGCACGACAGCGACAACCACGCGACCUAGACGCACCACGAAAGAAAAUGAAGGAGAGAAAGAGGAGGAUGGUGGGAGUGAUAGCACACGGACCACUGCAGGGCGUGUGUCGCGAGGUCGUAGUUCCUCUGGAUCUAGCUCUCGCAGCCGCGAAGGCGCCCGGGGUGGCAGCUCGAGUGAAGGGACAGAAGAGAAGAAGGAAGGCGGUGAUAAGAAACCGGAAGGUUCUUCCGAUGGUGCUGCUUCUACGAACGCACGUGCAGGCCGGCGGCCUACUCGGGGUGAAGGAGGAGGAAACACCGAGGCGACGAGAAGACCAGCACGGCGAUCUGCUCCUUCAGGCGGAGGCGGUGGAGGAGAAGGAGCGAAAGGAAAAGAUCGAGCGGCUCCUGCUAAAGUUAUCCCCAACGGCACGCGCGAUAUGCGUAAACUGCGAGUUGUUGUGA